CAAUUAUUAACCUGUCGCGCUGCGGGCACCAGGAAACCCGAGUCUGCACCCUCAACCGAGUGGGGCGGACCCAGACUUGAAACCUGGAGCAGCGCAGCCUGCGAGCACUCACGCGGAUCCAGCCAUGGAGGCAGGUCCCGAUGCCAAGAGGGGGGACAGCCCCGCAGUCCCGGAGGACCCUACCGUCGCCACCGAGGACACGCGCAACCCCUCACAGCCGGCGCUCCCGCAGCUCCCCCGCCGCCCGCAGCUGCUGGAUGAAGACGCAGGGCCAGAAGAGGACGGGGCCGUGGCCGCAGAGGGCAGCGAGCCCGCCCGGGGGGACCCAGAACCCGCAUCCUCGUCGGGCGAUGCGGGGCCCGGGCCCAAGGCCACCAAUGGCACCGUGCCGCCCAUAGGCUUCGUGGGUGAGCCGCCGCCCUACGCGCCUCCGGACCCCAAGGCAGUGGCGCUGCUCUACCCGCCCUUCCCGCAGGUGCCGGUGCUGUUCCAGCCCGCACCCGGGCCCGCUGCACUCUACCCACCGCCGCCUGGGCCGCUCUUUCCACCCGCUGCUGCUGCCGCCGGAGCCUCCUUCCCCUUCCCCGCGUAUGGCAGCCCUAUGGCCGGCGGGCCUCCCCCCAUGCCAGUGGAGCACAGGCCUCUGCCUAAGGACUUCAUGAUGGAGUCAGUGCUGGUGACCCUGUUCUGUUGCCUUCUCACGGGGCUUAUAGCCAUCGUCUACUCCCACGAGACUCGAGCAGCCCUGGGCAGGGGUGACCUGGCACAGGCAGAGGAGGCUUCGAGGAAGGCCCGCUCGCUCGUGCUCUUCAGCCUGCUCUUCGGGGUCUUUGUGUCAACCAGCUGGGUCAUCUAUGUGGUGGUGGCCCUUUACCUCCCCUGAGUCCAGGACUUGCUGGCCAGGCCGUGCCCUUUCCGUGGACCCUGAUUCCUCGUGUUGCUCACACAGGGCAAAGGGGAUGUGGGCUCAGAAGUCCUGUCUGCAGGUGGCCCACUGAGGCCUUCGGUAGGAUCCACAUCUGAGGGGCAUAGGCCCUUCCUGGGAUGCCCGUCUUCACCUUCACUCCUGGAGAACACAGAAGACUACUGUCCCCACUGUCUUCAGAGCCUUCCAGAGGACGUGGCCAUCUCCAGCCCAACUCAGGGAUCUGGCUCUAGUCGCAUGCGCUCUCCCUGGGAGAGCGGAGAACUCACUUCUGCUUCUCUCCCUGAGAGUUCCUGACUGCUCCUGCACUCUUGCCCAUGUGGGGAGAGAUCAGGGCAGGCUAUGGUCAGUUAGUAAGAAGCGACAGAACUUCCUGUCACUACUUCAGAGAACACCGCUACUUUCUGUCUAUCGUCUGAGUGCAACUGAGUCCUCAGAUCCAUUGCUUAGCCUUCUCCGAGCUGUCUGUCUGCGGCUCACACUUCAGCUCCACUUAAACAGGACGCCUUGUUUCCCGAGAUCCACUUUUCUAAAAGUUUCUUCUCUUUACUGCCUCUGGCUUCCGCUGGCUACCUGUCUGAGGUUUCCAUUUCCGCCUUUCCCUGCCCCAGCUUCCUGCUCACUCUUCUACAGUCACUGGACGAGGCCAGCCGAGGGUUGAGGAUGGUUUGCUCAGUUCCCUGCAUGCACAAAGCCCCGUGUUCCAUCCCUAGCUCUACACAGAUGGGCCGUGGCAGUGCGUGUCUGUAAUCCCAGAACUUGAGCAGAAGGCACAGUUCAGAGGCAGCUCUGGCUACACCAAGAGCUGGAGGUAAGCCUGGGCUAUGUGAGACUGCCUCAGAAAUAAACAAAAGGUGCUGGGUGAUGGUGGCACUGCUUUUAA